AGUGCGGGGCGCUGAGGGCGAGGACCCGGCACUGCGGCCCAGGCCCGCGGCGCGCCUGCGCCCCCCGGGGUGAGCUUUACCCUCCCAGCCGCCCUGCCUCUUGCUUUACAUGCGGAGAUUUGGGUCCCCCAAGUCCCCAGCACCCUCAGUCGAUGGCUGGAAACCUGGGAUCGUGUGCACACCUAACUGAGCCAAGCCGAGGCUGCGGUACCCCGGAGAGCCUCUGACCCAAAGCGAGGUGCCCCUGCUGCCAGCCACCUGACUGCGGCUCUCUCCCCGCAGCCCAGUCCAGAAGCCUGGCCAGGAGGAAACUGACCAGGGCUGGCCCAGAUCCUCCAUGUGUGUGGGGGCCUUGUCCCAAAGCAGCUGCUGUCCUGAGUGGACAGGUCAGCGCCAGGCUGCACACGGCUUCCUUCUGCUUCUGUCUGGACGCUGGGGACUCUCUUCAAGCUCGGAGAACCUGGCUGUCAAUCACUGGACGCCUGACAGGCCUCCCAGCAGCUGCAGGAGGGAGGCCCUGUCACCACCACAGAGCCAUGCCUUCCCAGGCUGCGGUCACAGCCCCACAGUGACUGGCUGGCGGGCUGAAUAGCUCUGCAGGGGCUUCGGGAAGCUCCUAAGCAUGUUUCCAUGUGGUCUGCCCCGCAGCCCUCCCGAGGACGCUGUCUGCAUAUGGUCUGUGGUCCCUUGUCCUCACUUCUGUCAUUAAGUUCCGCAGGACGCCUUGCUGGAAAAAUUGUCAAUCAUCAGUUAACAUAGUCCAAGACAGCUGGAGACAGUAACGGGGUGUGCAGGAAACCAGGUGGGGGGAUGAGUGGCCGAGUCCCACUGGCAGAGAAGGCCCUGUCGGAAGGCUUCGCCCGCCUGCGGUACAGGGACGCCUCCCUGCUCAUCUGGCAACAGCAGCAGCGGAUGCUGGAAUCGGUGCCUCCGGGGACGUACCUGAGCAGGAGCCGCAGCAUGUGGUACUCGCAGUACGGAAACGAGGCCAUCUUAGUCCGAGACAGAAACAAGCUUGAGGUUUCCAGGGACACGGGCCAGUCCAAGUUUUGCACAGUUAUGUAAUUCCAGCGUGGAAACCUGUGCCAGCACCAAGCCCGAGUUCCCUCCGUUCAGCUUUCUGGCUUCUGCUCCCUGCUGGAGAUCCAGAGCGAGGACUGGAGAUGGAGGCGUCCCAGAGGCCUCUUGGGUCCUUCAACACCACACUAGCACAGUUGGCUCGCAGACUCCAGCUGGGGGUCCCUCUCUAGCCGUCACCCACGCACUGCCCUCCUCCAGGUGCUGCCUGGCAGUGCCCGGGCCUAGCACAGCCCCCCAGCUCCACUCAUGCUUCCCAGCAAGAGCGCCCUGCCCUACAGGAACCACCUUCCCAAGAUGUUGCAGGGCGCUUCUGGUGAAGUCCUGCCUGGUUAAGAAUAGGUUGGAUGUCCUUCACGUGUGACCUCAGAUCCAGACGUGCAGGGCUGUGGGGGUGAGAGAGGGGCAUCUCAGCAGGUGCUCUGCCCAACCUGUGUUCCUCCCAUUACCUGUGCAGCCUGUACAUAUGCACUGCAUUCCACACCAGCCUCAAACACUGGGCUUACAAGCAAAUGCUCUGUAAAUGCCUUAGGGAAGCCCCUAGCUUUUAAGCUCCACGUGAGUUGCCCACAGUGAUUGCAAAGUUCAUCAUCAGGUGUCUGAGAAGGAAGGGUCUCCAGUGGAAGGCAGAGCACACUAGCACCUCACUGAGGCUGUAGCUACCCUCCACCCCCACCCCAGCCGCCCUGUAUUGUGGCCUAUUUUCGUCAGCCUCUGCUGUACUUAGGACCAUGUGGACACACAGACGUCAACACAAACCUUCCUUUUCUAA